ACUCCCUGCCAGCCCUGGGCACCUCAGUUUCAAACAAGACAGUUUUUGUCAUGGAAUUAACGAGAAUGUCAGACAUGACAAAGCUCCAUCAAGCUGUGGCUGCAGGGGACUAUACUCUAGUGAGAAAGAUUUUGAAGAAAGGUCUCUGUGACCCUAACUACAAGGACGUGGACUGGAAUGACCGAACCCCACUUCACUGGGCUGCAAUCAAAGGGCAUAUGGAGGUGAUGAAGCUCCUCAUACAGUGUGGAGCCAGACCCUGCCUGGUAACUGAUGUGGGCUGGACCCCAGCUCACUUUGCAGCUGAGUCAGGCCAUCUGCCUGUGCUCAAAAUGCUCCAUGCAUUGCACGCCGCCAUUGACGCCCCCGACUUCUUUGGAGACACGCCGAAGAGAAUCGCACAGAUCUAUGGGCAGAAAGCCUGUGUCGCAUUCCUGGAGAAGGCCGAGCCCGAGUGCCGGGACCACCGCCUCACCGCCAGGCAGAAGGGGCUGCCAUUGGAUCAGCGGGACCCGGACUGGGAUGCCAAGAAAAGGGAGAUGGAGCUGUCUCUUCCUUCCUCGAAUCGAAACACUAAUAAGAAAAAGCAUAAGAAAAGUCGAGGCCCCACCAAGUUCAGCAAUACCAAGGAGAGGAAAGUGUGAGAAGGCUGGGCCACAGAGGCUGGAACCUAUGUUUUCUGGUGGGAGACUUUCCCUAGUACCAGAGUAGAGCUUGUCAGGCGUGUGUUGUCUUUACCUGAUUUUACUCAUAGGUCAUUAUCCAGAUGGCUUCUACUGGUAGCUCAAGACCUGUCAUUCAACCGGAAGUCUUGCCCUGAGGCUGUCCUCACUAUUGUCUCCUUACUAAUACCUGCUGUCCAUAGAAUUACCAGCGGGAGACAAGUGUCAGCUGCUUGCAUUACCAGUGAUUUGAACUCAUCAGCUUCUCCUGACCUCCACAUGCAAUUAUAGAAUUUCAAAAGAAUGUCUCCUAAGGAAACUAGAUUGUUUACAUGCAAAAAAAAAAAAAUCACCAAAAUACUGUUUAGCCAAUCUAUGAAAAAAUUGUUUGUUGUUACAGAGGCUAAGCAAAGAGAUAAACGAAUGUAGGUCUGUUUCCAGCCAUUUUUGUUGUUGUUGUGGGGUAGAGGGCCACCACCUCAGCAUGGCCAUGCUACUCACGAUCACCUCUACCCAGGAGGAGCAGUCCGGGCAAGAGACCAGCUCAAUGGGACCUAACUGGAAACUCUAUGGAAUCAAUGAGAGAGAGUAUAAAACAAAGGAACAUGCGAUCAUAGCUCUAUUUAUUGAAUUAUAUAUUUUAGGAAGUCUGA